GCCAAAUCCUCAUCAGCAGCUUCAACUCGCCCCACCUCGACUGGACUCAGCGCCAAUGGCCAGCUUCGACGCAGCGUCGACGACAGCCUCAAGGAGCACCAGCACGAGCCCGCACCGAUCCGUCUCCCAGUUCGACUUUGGCGACGGCGAGGAGAACGCGCAGCUGCUGCCGCGGGUCGACGGCGGCAAGGCGGCCUGGCUCUUCAUCGCCGCGUCCACGAUCCUCGAGACGUUCAUCUGGGGAUACUCGUUCUGCUUCGCCACCACCCUCGUCUACCUUGAGAACCACCCACCCUGGAGCCGGUACUCGGUCUCGCAGCUCUCGGCGGUCGGCACGACGCAACUCGGGCUCGAGUACAUCUUUCCCGUGGUCGCCGUCACGGUUUACCGCCGAUACCCCGAGUGGGUGCGGACCAUCCUGUGGACGAGCGUCGCCAUCAGCUGCGGUAGUAUGCUGCUGUCGAGCUGGGCGACCGAGCUGUGGCAGCUCAUCGUCCUCCAAGGCGUCCUGUGCGGCAUCUCGAACACGCUCAUCUAUUCACCCGUAUUCGUCUACUUGACCGACUGGUGGAGCGCUCGCCGAGGUAUGGCGCUCGGCGUCGUCUUUGCCGGUGGGGGUCUCGGCGGCUUCAUCUUUCCCUGGCUCAUCAACGUUAUCCUCGAGACCAAGGGCUUCCCCUGGUUGUGUCGCAUCUGGGCUCUCAUGACUGCCGUCGUCUUCUCGGUCAGCAUCGUGUUCAUCAAGCCUCGAGUGCCGAUCGGCAGGCCUGCUGGAGGACGAGCGCCAUGGUUCCCUGUCGGUGGGUGGAAGUUUGCCAGGAACCCGUUGUUCCUCCUCUCGAUGCUCUGCGCCGCGUUCGGCGGCCUCGCCUACCUUCCCGUGGCAAACUACCUCGCCGUGUACGCCCACUCGUUCUCGUCGAGCACGACGACGGUCAACCUCGUCGUCGGCCUGUUCAACCUCACCGCCUCGGUCGGGUGCUUCAUCGCCGGCGCGCUGUGCGACCGCUCGUACGCGCUCGCCAACGCGCUGAGCGGCGCCCUGUGCGCGCUCGUGAGCCUCACGGCGUGGGGCCUCGCCGACACGCUCGGCAAGGUGUACCUCUUUGCGGUCCUGUUUGGCCUCGUCGGGCAGCAGAGUGCGACGUGGGGCGCGGCGACUCGCGAUCUCGCAGCGGGCAACCCGCAUCUCGGUACCCUCAUCAUCACGCUCAUCUCGGUCAUGAAGGGCGUCACGUCGCUCUUCAUGCCCGUCGUGUCCGAGGCGCUUUACAAGCGGUCGGCCGUCGAGAAAGAACCAACUUGGGGACGCUACGGGUUCGGCAACAUGAUCAUCUUCGUCGGCGCGUGCUCGAUCGCGCUCCUCGCCUGCAGCGCCGCCAUCCUUCCUCUACGCAAGAUGUUCGCCGUCGACGAUGCGGCCGAGAAGCCGCAGACGGAGCGCGGCAGGCGGCAGAGCUUCAGGGAGGAGUGACGGCGAGCGGGGCAUCUCUCGAGGGGCGACAGACACUGGAACACGCUCGCUUCUCGACG